AUGACUGCUUUACCUCUCCCCACCGCCAAAUCGUCUUUUCCAGCUGCGGAAGACGCGGCAAGAUCAGACGUCGUGGCGGGUUUACUCGAAGCUCUCGCGCCGGAGGCUAGGCACACCUUCCUCGAGUCUACCCCCAGGAUUGUCAAUGCCGGUUUAGAAUUCGCGAAGGGCACUCUCGAUGCGUUUGCAUCGGCCUUGGGAGAGGAGCAGGCCGAGAGGCAGAAGGAGUUGAGGAGGAAGAGGAAACGGGGAGAGAAGAACGAGGGAGAUGAGCAAGUCUUGAAGAUCCGGAAGGUGCACACUGAGGGGUUUGAGGUGGAACAGGUGUGGGAGCAAGCGAGAAGAGUCAUUGAUGCACUGAGGGGUGAUGCGGAGAGAGCCUUGGGGGAAUUGGCGGACGUGGAGGCCGAGAGUGAGGGCGAUGCUAAUGAAAAUGGCGAAGGCGGUGUAGAAUUGUUAAAGUUCGAUGAAGAUGGUUUUGAAGUUGGGUCCGAUGAUGAGAGCCUGGACGACCAAGAACAAGAGGAGGGUUCGGAAUCAGAGGAGGAAGACGAGCCUGAGGGGGAAGACGGCACGGAUGGCGAAGACGGUGUCGAUGGUGAAGAACUUGCCAAUGGCCACGAUGACUACGAUGAUGAAGAAGACGUCGAUGAAGAGGCUGCUGGGGUGUACGUUGAGGAUCCUCAUGGGCUAAACGACGGAUUCUUCUCGAUUGAUGAAUUCAACAAGCAAACAGAAUUCCUUGAGCAACAAGAUGCUGCGGCAGAUCCCUUUACUGGAGAAGCGAGCGACGAGGAAGAGAUCGACUGGGACGCAGAUCCUAAGACGAUUACCGCAAAAGCUACAUCGAGUUCACGUCGGGCUGCAGCAAUGGACGUUGAAGAAGACGAAGACGAGGAGCCGGAGGAGGAUGACGAAGAUGGACCUACUUUUGGAAAUAUGGAUUUGAAUGCACGUGAAGGCGAUAGUGAUGAAGAUGAAGAAGGCAACAUGGAUGAAGAUGUGGAUGCGGGCGGCGAUAAUACAAACGACAUCUAUUACAAAGAUUUCUUCGAACCGCCGCCACGCAAAGCAGGAAAAGGGGAACGCCAGGCGAACUAUCUUGCAAGACAAGCCCGAAAGGCCAAAGAUAUAGAACCUCAGGACGACGAAGCAGGGAUGGAGCGGGCGAUGGCAGAUGUUCGUCGAGAUCUCUUCGAGGAUCUGUCUGACAAAGAAGAUUCGGAAGACGCACUAUCAGAGGUUGACCCCUCUGAUCCAAAAUCCAGACGUUCAGCACACGAACGUCGGCAGGCAAAGAUUGCAGAAGAAAUCCGUCGACUCGAAGCUGCAGCGGUAGCCAAGCGCGAAUGGACCCUUUCUGGAGAGGCUCGGGCUGCGGACCGUCCGGUGAACUCUCUGGUAGAAGAAAACUUGGAUUUCGAGCAUACGGGCAAGCCUAUUCCAGUCAUAACGGCUGAGAUCAGUGAAAGCAUUGAGGAACUCAUCAAGCGACGUAUCCUGGCCCAAGAGUUUGACGAGGUUAUUCGUCGUCGUCCAGAUGCCUUAGCUACACCUGCGAAUACUCGUAGGGGCGCUUUUGAGCUUGAUGAUAGCAAACCUCAGCAGAGUUUGGCAGAGAUGUAUGAGGAAGAACACGUCAAGGCACACAAUCCCGAUACCUACGUCAGCAAAGCGGACGAGAAAAUGCGGAAGGAGGAAAAUGAGAUUGAGGCUCUCUGGAAAGAGGUUAGCGCGAAGCUUGAUGCUCUGAGCAGUUGGCAUUACAAACCGAAGCCUGCAGCCCCAAGUCUGACAGUCGUUGCAGACGUGCCGACCGUCAGUAUGGAAGAUGCUCAGCCAGCUACUGCCAGUGGUAUCAGUGGCGGUGAAAGCAUGUUGGCGCCGCAAGAAAUAUACAAGGCGGGCAAGGAGAAAGACACUAUUGAGAAGGGAGAGCUAGUGCCGAAGAGUGGAGCACCAAUUGCAAGGCAGGAGAUGACGAGAGAGGAGAAACUGAGGAGGAGGAGACGAGAGAAGGAGAGGAUCAGGAAACGCGGCGGGGUGGAACUCAACCAGAAACCAGUGGGAAAGAAAGCCCAGCAAAACAAAGAAACGCUCGGAGAGCUCAAGAAGGGUGGUGUCAAGGUCAUUGACAAGAAAGGAAACAUUCUGGAUGUCGAAGGAAAUAAAGUCAAAGCUGGCACUACGCUCAAGGGCGCUGGUGCCUUCAAAUUGUAG